CCCGCGCCCUGGGCGCCAGCGCAGACGCGAACCCGCGCCCUCAGUCCGGAGGCGAAGCUCGAAGGUCCUACAGGUAUGGAUCUCUGGAAGUUGCUAUUGACCUUGGCAGUGGCUGGCUCCAGUGAUGCUUUUUCUGGGAGUGAAGCCAUACCAGCUGCCCUCGACCAAGCAUCCCAGAACCUACAGAGAGUUCAUCCUGGCCCAGCGACAAACUCUUCUGGGACGCCCAGGUUCACCAAGUGCCGUUCGCCUGAACUGGAGACGUUUUCAUGCCACUGGACAGACGGGGUUCAUCACGGUUUCGGGAGCCCGGGACACGUACAGCUGUUCUACAUUAGAAGGAACACUCAAGAAUGGACUCAGGAAUGGAAAGAAUGCCCUGACUAUGUCUCUGCGGGAGAAAACAGCUGUUACUUCAAUGCGUCGUAUACCUCCAUCUGGAUACCCUACUGUAUCAAACUCACUAGCAACGGCGGUACCGUGGAUCAAAAGUGCUUCUCUGUCGAGGAAAUAGUACAACCAGAUCCACCCACGGGCCUCAACUGGACCUUACUGAACAUCAGCCUGACCGGGAUCCACGCGGAUAUCCAAGUGCGAUGGGAGCCGCCAUCCAAUGCAGAUGUUCAGAAAGGGUGGAUCGUCCUGGAGUACGAGCUGCAAUACAGAGAGACCAACGAGACCCAGUGGAAAAUGAUGGACCCUGUGCUGUCAACAUCCGUCCCAGUGUACUCGCUGAGGCUCGACAAACAGUACGAGGUUCGCGUGCGCUCCAGGCAGCGGAACUCGGACAAAUACGGCGAGUUCAGCGAGGUCCUCGUCGUCUCGCUCCCCCAGAUGAGCCCGCUGGCGUGUGACGAAGAUUUCCGGUUUCCGUGGUUCUUAAUUAUUAUCUUUGGAAUGUUUGGGCUGAUCGUGAUAUUUUUACUCAUGUUUUCUAAACAGGAAAGGAUUAAGAUGCUGAUUCUGCCCCCAGUUCCAGUUCCAAAGAUUAAAGGAAUCGAUCCAGGCCUCUUCAAGGAAGGGAAACUGGAGGAGGUGAACACAAUCUUAGCCGUUCACGACAGCUGCAAGCCUGAAUUCUGCAACGACGACUCCUGGGUUGAGUUCAUUGAGCUGGAUAUCGACGACCCUGAUGAGAAGACGGACGGGUCCGACACAGACAGGCUUCUCCGCGACGACCAUCAGAAAUUACUUAACAUCCUUGGGGCGAAGGAUGACGACUCGGGACGUACCAGCUGCUACGACCCUGACAUCCUGGAGGCCGACUUCCAGGCCAGUGACCUGGGCGACGGUGCCUUGGAGGCCGCGCAGCCCCAGAGGUUAAAGGGGGAAGCAGAUCUCUUGUGCCUUGACGCGAAGAACCGGACCGACCCGCCGCCGAGGGCUGCGGCCCCUGCCGCGCAGGAGCCCGGUGUUGGCCUCGCCCAGGAAGACAAACCAAGACCACUUUUUGGGGAAACUGAGUCAACCCACCAAGCCGCCCAUCCUCAGCUGAACAAUCCGAGUUCAGUGGCAAACAUUGACUUUUACGCCCAGGUAAGCGACAUCACGCCAGCAGGGAGUGUGGUCCUCUCCCCGGGCCAAAAGCAUAAGGCAGGGACAGCCCCGUGCGCCGCGCAUCCCGAGGUGGGCGCCCCCUGCCAAGCAAACUUCCUCACGGACAGCGCCUACUUCUGCGAGGCGGACGCCACCAAGUGCAUCGCCGGGGCCCCGCCCGGGGAGCUGGGGGCGCGGGGGGCGCCAAGCUUUAACCAGGAGGACACCUACAUCACCACAGAAAGCCUUACCACUACUGCUCGGAGGCCUGGGGCGGCAGGAGGGGCGCCGGGCUCCCAGACGCCCGUCCCAGACUACACCUCCAUCCACAUAGUCCAGUCCCCGCAGGGCCUGAUCCUCAACGCCACCGCGUCGCCCCGGCCCGACAAGGAGUUCCUCUCGGCCUGUGGCUACGUGAGCGCCGACCAGCUGGACAACAUCAUGCCCUAGCCGCGGCCGGGCCGCCAGGCCGAGCGGGGCAUCCGACGGCCCGCAGGGCUGGGGCGAAUGCUUAAACCAAAACGACGGCGAAACCUUUUGGGCCGGUGGGGGCGGGGGGCGUGUGGAUUCCAAAUGCCUUUUCCUGAAAUGUGGAAACGCGAUAUUAAAAAAAAAAAAUAAGCCGACCGCUUAAUCGGAUAGAUAUUCCUGUUGUGAAUUGUAAAUACUUUAAAGAAUCGUCUCCAAGACCGUCCAGUGGCAGUGAUUGUCUGGUUGUCGUGGGUGUUAAUUUUGUGAUGUGAGCUUCGAAUGGCUGUGUCUUCAAUGUAGAGUAAAUCAUGCUUUUUGAAAAAGCGAAAAAUCAGGUGGCUUUUGCAAUUCAGGAGAAUCUAAUGCGAAUUAUAGCACAGGUUGAUUUUUUUUUUUUUACGUGAUCCGGAGCUAAAAUUAUAGGUAAGAGAACAAAAAAUAGUUUGGAUAUGUAAACUUUAUUUUGACAUGAAAUUGAUAAAGAUAUUUUUAAUAAUUCACACUUCAAGCAUGGCUGUUUUCUACCGCACCACCCACUGUGUCCCGAGGUUCGUGUGGACCCGGCUGAAGAGCGGAGCGAGCACGGUCUGAAGCUGACGUCACCUUUGGUCAGUGCACCUAAAGAGAACAAAUAAGUUAGUUUUUUACAAAACCCUUUUUAUACCUCCCCAGGCUCCUUCAACACUUCUACAAAGAUUGUAACUGCCCAGAUCAGUGGGACAUGCUCGCCUUCGCUGAAUUUUUAAACAAAUAUUUGUUCAUUUAGAAAACUUGAAAAUGUUUGCACAGGCCAACUUGUCAUGAGCCAGAAAGCAGACAGACAGACGGCCCUUCCUGACCUGCAUUUCGGUCCGUGUCAGAGCACACGUGCCAAGGAGGAGCAGGAAUCAAAGGCGGUUCACGUGGAGGGGGGGAGCCCCAGACCCCGGCAGCGGCCCCCUCUCCUGGGCACCGCGAAGGGAACAGGCCCAGGGAGCACUUUGUAGGUGGAAGCGGGUGGGAACGCGACCAACCGGACAGUGGAACGAGCAGUGCGGGAAGCGGUUUGUCUCCAGCCGAGAGGCAGACACGUACUAUUUAUGGUAACGAGAAACCGGAGAAGCAAGACUUUAAAUCCCCACAGAUAACUCCAAGUUUACUCAAGCCAGUAGCAGAGGCCUUCUUCCUCCCACACCUUGUGCAGGGUUUGUUUAAAGCCGUAAAAGAAGGCGUUUCAUCAGUUUUUAUUUCCCCACUGAGGGGAUGGGCCUCAGAGCAGGUACUCAGAAGGGAAACAAGGGGCCCGAGUAAUUUAUGAGUUAUUGUUCAAUCCCUUAGUAGCCUAAACAUCAUUCUUAGGAGCACUGGGAUAGCUCCCCAAAAAGUUUAUAAAGAAGAGAAGACUCUUAUCUCACUGAAGAACACUUCCCAUUUUAAGUAUUUUUUUUGAAAGGGUGAAUACAGCUUUAAAGUUAGCUUGAACUUCAGGAGUAUUUGCCAUUUAGCUCAGACCUUUUUAGGAAGUAUGCCUCACGGUUGGUCAUUUUAAAUUCCCUCCUUCUUGCAAGGACAGUGAAAAGCUGGAAUUGGGUGUUUAAAGUUCAAAUGCUACUUUGUAAUAGAUGUUUAAUAGAUUUUCUGCUACUUUGCUGCUAUGGUUUUCAAUAAGAGCUACAUAAUUUAGUUUCAUAUAAAACUUCAUCAACGUAGAACCUAAUUCAACUUAAAACUGUGUGUUUGGGAAAACUCUCUUACUAUUUCACAAUAGGCUGACAACAUUUCUAUCGCCAAAAAUAGCCAAAUACCUCAAUCAGUCUCCGAAUGUCAGUUUGGUACUUUGCUGGCCACACAAGCCAUUAUUUACUCAUAUGACUAGUUGUGUCCUGCAGUUUAUAUUUAACUUUCUUUUUGUCUGUGGAUUUUUUUCCUUCAAAGUUUAAUAAAUUUAUUUUCUUGGACUCAU